AUGGACGGGACAUACAAUAACCCCUACGCGCAAGCGCAAUCUCCAUUAUCCCCUCAGACUCCCUCGGCCGGAGCAUACCAGGUCAACGUCAGCCGCCAGAAGACGAGAAAAUGGGUCCAAGCGCCCGUUCAGAACUAUGACGGUGAUGACUGGGGUGCCGACGAGUUCGAAGACGACGAGCCGCCGCCGCCGCCUCCUGUUCCUCGGGUCACCACGGGCCUCCGUCCCGUUGGCCAACGGUCCGAAUCCUACGGCCCCUCCCCGAUGCUGGCCGCCGCUGUGGCAUCAAGUUCACAGAGCUCCAGCGGCCCGCCCUCGUUGCACAUCCAGACCCAGGAGAAUGCUUCUCCCUCGACUGCCGCUCCUGCCCGUGGCCCCGAGCAAGUCCACAAUGCUGCUGCACUGGGAGCCGGACGAACCGGCUCACCCGCCCCCGCGUCUUCCGGCGCAGCAUCGUCAAAGGCCCCCAGCUAUCACCAGCCCGAUGUCCGAUCUUCCACGCCACAAAGCACCGCCAGCUCUGGUGCUCGCGCUUCUCCCGCGAUUCGACCGUCUGAACUGUAUCGUCACGUGGACGAGGACCGAAGACUGGGUGGCUCACCUCUAUCCAUUGCCGAAGCUAUUGCGGCGAAACCGACUGAUCGAGCAACGCCACCACUGAACGAGCCGAACCGGCAGAAUUAUAACCAAGGAGAUGGUCCUGCUAAUCAGCCAAUCCAAAAGCAGCCGACGUUCGAUAGUAUUCUCGCUAAAAGGGAGGACUCUGAGCUCGCGCAACGAAGCUUCGACAAUGCGCCAGCGGCCGAAAGUCGACCUCUGUACGAGGAAGCCCGCGAUGUUAAGGAAGAGCCCGUGAUUCACCCAGCCGCAGGUAUAGAUCGCAAGCGAAUGUCCGUCAGCCCGCAGCUACCCAGCAUGUUGCGGAUGUCGGGCUUCGGGGACGACUUUUUUUCCUCGUCAAGUUCAGUUCCUCCUUCAGCGCCCCUGGAUCCUGUAAAGCAGGAACAGCCCCCCGCACCAGCACUAGUCGCCCCUGCUCCUCAGUCACAAUCCGAUAGAAGCUCAACCCACGAGAUUCCCACGAUCGACGAGGCCCCCAAAGAAAACGUGGAUAGCCCAAGGGUUGCGGCCAUCUCUCAAAACCCGGCCCUCGCACCUGCGAAUGAUCCCCGAGCCAUUCCGCCUCUACGCACGCCGAGUCCUCAUACCAAGUCCCUGGAGGUGGCAGCACUUUCUGGCUCUCCCCAGUCCAAGCUGCCCGAGAUUACACCCCCUGAGCCUCUCAAGCCUCGUGUACCGGAAUACUCCCCUUCAGACUACGAGCCUCAAUCGGCCCAGACACAACAGACCACAAGCACUUUCAAUGCGUCGCCUGUUAAGGAAAGCGACAUGUUGAGCGAGGAGAUCAUGAAGUCCCUGAGUCCGAUCGGCCAGAGCUCUGCCCUGGCUCCCCCACCAGACAACUCGCAGUCUUUGACCCCAGGUAGCCGAAACGAUACGAGGAAUAGCAGCUACACUCUAAGCGGCUACGAUGAUUAUUGGGCUGAUACGACCGAGAGGCCAGCACAAGAAGCGAACAACGAGGUGAAGGAUCACGAGAAGCCACAGCCAGUCCCUGCUCCGGCAGCUGCUCCACUUUCACUUCCUGCUCCAGUCCCAGAGCGGAAGGCCCUUGGCUCCGGCACAUCCAGCCCUGCUCCUCCACCGGCUGAGGACAAUGCGGAACAAGACUCCCUAGGUUUGCGCCGAAAGUUUUCCUGGGAGGCUGAUUUUGGCCCUUCGCCCAAUCUUUUUAAGAGCGAGUCACCGGCUGAAGGCUCAUCCAAGAACGAGACUCCCACUGUCAAUAUUCCCUCGCCACUUGUUGCGUCUGCUAUUCAGGCUCCUAGGGAUGUUGGAGCCGAACCCGCUGGUCCAUCAAGGAGCUCUCCGGGGCCUGUCGAUACUCCCAUGAUCGUCGUUCCGCCGUCAGGUGGGAUCUCUCAUCAGGUUUCCAAAGCCAGCACACUCCCUCCGACACAGCAACCAGUUGUUCUUGAGCCUCCGUCUCCUAUUUCCGUUAGAACUGAUGAGAGCACACCUCAAGGUCUUGACCGUGUCGGGACUGGGGUUGAAGACAAGGUGCUCAUACCAACACCAUCAACCAUCACUGCGUCAGCCACACCACCCCUUGAGAAACCACAACCACAGACUCUGGUGCUCCCCCCGAGCGAGUUUCCUCAAACCAUUCCGUUCCGCGACAUCAUGAAUCUUUCGACCCCCCUUCAAAGAACUCUCAAGUUUGAUGCAGGCCGGGCUACAUACGCCGCGUGGGAGUCAGGUCUAGAGAAUUGGCUCUCUAACCUGAUGACUCAACAGCCCGAGUAUGCUCACGCAACUGGCUCUUUCUCGGGAGCUGGUCUUCCUGGUUCGAGCCAGGGAGGGCAUGCUUCAACACCAAGCGGAUCUCACUCACAACAGCCAUACUACCAGCAGUAUCUCAACGCAAGCUCUCCGACCACGACGGCUCCGGCAGCGGGUCGAUCUCGAUUGGGCGGCUUGCCCCUGCCAGCACCAUCCGGCUCCAGCAGCUUUGGAAACUCGGGUAACCAGCUGGGUACCAAGAGCAAGGAAUUCAUGCACUCGGCUGGCAAGAUGGGCAAGGGACUGUUCAGCAAGGGGAGGAGCAAAUUGCGCGGAACCGGGGACAAGGGCGAACCCAUCCCUCCCCCGGUGCAAAUCAAGACCAAGAAUGAGAGACGCACGUCAUGGGGCCUGAGCCUUGGAGCAAAGUCCCGCGCUGAUGAAUCUGCAUCGCAAGCCGAGAAAGACAUGAUGUAUACGAGGCCUCCGACCCAACUGCACCAGGCUCCCCCAUCCUCCCAAUCGUCUGUUGUGUCUCCCUUUGUCCCUGCACCUCAACAUGGUGACCCUGGUAAUCGACUUGCUUCACGAGAGAGCUACGGACCCCCACCCAUGACCGGACCGGCAACCCUUCCCAGUAGGGAUCAAGAAGAUAGGACGGAAUGGCAAAUCCCAACGCCUGACAAUGACAACUCUACCUGGGAUCCCUUCAAGGGCACGGACCUUGGUAAGGACGAUGCUUCGGAACACUCUGGAGUCUUGCUUAGGAACCGAGAAGAUCAUGGCCAGACAAGCCGUGGCGCUGAAGUACCAUCUGGUAAGCCGGUGUCUGGUGACGCGACACCUACUCUUGCCAAUACUGGAGGAAUCCGUAUGGUGCCGCCGGAAGCGUUCGCAACUUCGUCCCAGCAGCCUACAUCUGCCUUUGCUACCCCCUCUCAACCAGUCCCUGCUGCUGCCCCUCCCCAAACCCAGAAUGAGGCAAGUAUGCCUCAACGGCAGUCGUCUUUCGUUGGGUUGCCAUUGAUUAGGAGAGGCUCAACAUUUGACGUAACCACAAACCCCGCUCAGUCAAAGCCCACUGAGACGAUCACUGAAGGGGUUUCUACCGAUGUUGACGAAGAUGCAGCUGCUGGGCAGCAUGGAACACUCACUUCCGAGGUCACGGUUGGUUCAACCUUGGUUGGUACAGACUCUCUGAUAGCCGGUAAGGAUUUUGAGAAAGAUGUCGAUGAACCAGAGCAGCAGGCUCCUGCAGAUGCCCCAACUGCCCAGCAAGAGCCGCAGCAGCCUCAGCAACAACCUCAGCAACAACCUCAGCAACAACCUCAGCCACCUCUUCAUUCCCAAGGGCAGCAUCCAUUCCAGAUGCACCCAGUCCACCAUGGCCCUAUGCCACCUCAGCAUCCACAGUUUGGACCCCGGCCCAUGAUGCCACCCAACAUGAUGGGUGGCAAUCCUAUUCACAGACUUCCCCCCUCCGGACCGUGGAAGUUGGAGGAGAGCCAUCUCUCCGAGCCUCUCCACCGUGUUACUCCUAAGCCGCAGCAGCUUCCCCCAUCUGGUCAAUGGAAGCUAGAAGAAAGCCACCUGGCCGAGCCUCUCCAUAUCGUUAACAGAAACCGUGCCGGUACUAGCAGCUCACACCAGGAGCCUUAUUUCGGAUAUGACAAGGAGACCGGGAUUGAUCUGCCUUCGCCCACAAGCCCUGUAACUACCAGCCCUGGAUCCAAGCCGUUCCAACAUCGACAGAAGCCAAGUGAAACGCCUCCAUCAUCUGCAAACAGAUACCCAGGCCUCUUUCCAGGACAGCCGCAAGCACAGCAAACUCCUAAUGACGGACCUCCUGGCCCUACUCCGCAGUUUAUGAGACGGCUGUCUAACGAGGCAGGUAUUACGCGAACUGGAACGGGAGGUCCAGAGGAGGAACGUGGUCGUUCAAGAAAGGCAUCGGCGUUGUUCAAGGACAUUGGCAGUCGAUUUAGAAGGGGAUCAUCUGAGCGCCGAGGCACGUCUGUGGAGCCCAAGCCACAGCAACAACAACAGCAUCAGCAACAACCUUCCCAGUCUCAUGCGCCUGACCAGCCGCAUCUGCCAGGUGACGGGGCUUCCGUGUCCAGCAUCACCACAGAUGAAAUGCAAGAUCGUAAGAAGGCGAGGUCGAGCUUCAUGCUUGGACUGCGAAACCGCCCUUCGACAGACCACGGGCGACAGAAGAGCAGAGAUGGACUGAUGGGACCUCCUCCUCGUCCAGAUGAAGCCAGACCAGAGACGUCGCCGGAAGAACGAAAGCUAUCUCGCUUCGGUACAGGUCUCGGUGCCCUUACUGGCCACCAUCACAGGCCCAGCGGCCCUCCACGCGCGUCUACGUCAAACCUGGCCAACGAGCCUGGUACAAGCACGCCUCUCUCCAAGAAGAGAUUCUCGGGUUUCAACACCAAGGCUGCAGUUGCUGGUGUCUUCCACCACCGUCCAAGUGGAGAUAUGACGCCCAAACCGGGGACCCCCAACUCCUCAAGGCCUGUGUCAAGCCAGCUUGCACUCCAACAACAAGCGUCUUUGGAGCGUCCAGAGUUCUCUCACCCUGGGUUCGAGAGGAGUAACACGGCCGGGCCGUCACUCGGGCAGAUGCAGCAGCCCACCCCAGCGAAUGCGCAGCCGCUUGAUCCCCAGGAACGCCGCAGGAGACGAGGUUCAGCGGCCGGGUUGAUCUCUGGGUUGUUAGGUCAUGGCGGUAAGCAUAAGGAAGAGCAUCAGGUUGCGCCGCCCCAGAUGCAGCAGCCUCCAAUGCAACAACCACAGGUUCGCCAACCUUCCGGGCCUCAAGUCGGCAACCCCCAGCUGCCUAGGCUGCAAACCCAGGAUCAACCUCAAGGUCCUCCACAGGGCCGUCGCCCUUCAGGCCCUCAGCUUCCAACCCCUCAGCUUCCUGGACCACAGCUUGGUAGCCCCCUACUUCCGGGAUCGCACCCUGCUAGUCCCCAAGUUGCUGGGGCACAAGUCCAUAGUCCCCAACUUGCAAGCCCAACAAUUGCCAGCCCUCAGCCUCAGAGGCCUCAGCAGUUUGGAAACCAGCAGCCUCCUAUGCUCCGUCGGAUGACUGGAACCUCUUCGUUGCUUGAGCAGACUCCGACGUCCCCUGACAGACCCCCCUCAGGCGGACCUCGACAGAAGCAGCAGGCUCAAGUCGCCUACCAAAAUUCUCGUCCGUCGCCGCUAGGUUUUGGGCCGUCAACAACGCCAGGGGGAACACCCCCUAUCGGCACAACGAACGCCCCAAGUCGUCAUGGGACGCCGCAGACUCCUUUCAGUGUCGGGCAGGUCCUCUCUGACAAUGGAUCUGGCAGAAUGCGAUCGACCUCACCCGCAGCCUCGGCAGUUCGCCCUGCCCCGAUGUCGCAUGGUGCCUACCACAAUUCAACACAAUCCCUGGAUAAGCUGGUUCGGCCUGGACAAGUCGGUGGCCAGGCUCAACAGCCUGCUACCGGCUCACCUACUAUGGCGUUUCGACCUGAUGUUCGGCCGGCUAAUGGUCGCGUUGAGAAUACUACCCGAGAUGACUUGCCUCUAUCUCCAGUUUCUCAGGUGUCUAACAUGGGACCGCCAUCAGUCUCUUCUAUUGCUACAGGGCAAAGCCCUCGACUGGCAACAUCCGGGCCAGCUACGGGAAGGAGACAAUCCUCUCAGCUUUCGCAAACGUCACAGCCGAACACGCCCGCGUUGUCCAUGGCAUCUCAUACUCCACCAACGCAACACCAACCGUUCUCCACUCGCAUAGGCAUGUCGCCACAACAGCAAUACCAGCAGCAUCAGCAACAGCCGGGCGGUAUCCGUGGCCAACCAAGCCCGCACCCUUCAUCUUUGGCCCCUGGGCGUCCUUCGAUGCAGAUGCAGCCUUCCGUCGGACCUCAAGUACCUCCAAAGGAUAACAUGGGUCACCCACCUCAGCCUUAUGCCGUGGAAGCACCUCGUCAAGGCACUCCCACGUCGUCUAAGUGGAAGGGACUGAAGAAUCGAAUGUCGGGGCAGGCGGUACAUAAGCCAUCAUCCAGUCAGAGCAAGCCGGAAGGAGAGAAGCUGUCUGCGAGCAAGAUUCUCGGGGCAUUUAAACGAAGCUCCAAGGUUCCUCAGCAAGCACCGGCUGCCGAACACUCUUUCCAGGGGGGGUUCCAGGGAGGUUUCCAGGGGAGACAACAGAGUCAGCAGAUCCCUGGUCAGCCCCCUUACGGGCAAACGCCGACUCCACGACAGUCUUCUCAGUUUGGCAGCCCUCCAGUCGGCCAGAUGCAAACUCCACGGCAAUCCUCUCAGCAAUUUAGUAGCCCACCUGUUGGACAGAUGCAGACCCCACGACAGUCCUCCCAGUUCACUAGUCCACCCAUGGGCCAGCAUCAGUUCCAGAGACCUCCAGGACCCAUUGGCCAAGGUCAGCCUGGUAUGGGCCAGCCGUAUCCCGGCUACAGCUUCAAACCUCAGGGCCAAUUCCAGUCUCCCCCUCAACCACAAGGCCAGUUCCAGUCCCCGCCUCAACCGCAGGGUCAGUUCCAGUCUCCUCAACAACACCAGGGCCAAUUCCAUUCUCCUCCUCAGACUCAGGGCCAGUUUCAAUCCCCUCCCAGGCCUCAGGAUCGAUUCCCAUCACCCCCUCUCCCACGAGGCCAGUUCGAAUCUCUUCCCCAACGCCAAAUCCAAGGUCAGUUCCAGUCACCACGCCAGACCCAGGGUCAGUUUCAAUCUCCACCUCAACCUCAGGGUCAGUGGCAAUCGCAAACGCAUAGCCCCGGAGGCCAGUUUGUUCCAUCCCCUUACCAGCCAGGCCAGUUCCCUACCCAGGGACAAGGAAUGACUGGGCAAUCCCUAAAUAGGACACACCCGAGCCCUCGCGUCCAGCAGGGGCAUAUGAUGCAGCAAAGCACUCAUCAACAGCCGCAGCCGAUCACGGUCCAAACAUCCAUCCCCAUUCAGCAGCCAAUUCCCGUACACGCGCCAUCACCCCAUCAAGGAGCCUUAUUGCAGCAGUUCAUGCCUCCGGCAGCCAAUAAUCAGCCCAGCAACGCGGAGUAUCAAGGAAAUAGAGGAGGGCAGCCAAGCCAUCCGGCGUUCGCGCACAGAGGUAGUCCAGCUAAUACUAACCGGCAAGGAAGGCCGGACAUGCAGCGUCUUGUAAGCAAUGACAGCCAUCACAGCGGUGGAAGCAGCGGAAGCUCAAGGCUAGGCAGCAAUCCUCCUCCCGCGGUUCAAUAUACAUCCCCUAGGAUGAUCGCCGGCGAGAACGAGGCUACCAAGUCUCUGCCUCCAGCUGGGGGUGUACCUGUGGUUGCUGCGACUGCUGCUAGUGCAUCGCCAGCCGGCGGUCAACCUGUAGUGGCGAUGAGUGAGAACUCAGCACCCAAGACCGAAGAGCAUCGCGCUCUUUCGUUAAGCCCUCCCAGCGGUUCGAACGGCGAGAUCAGCCCGGGCACGAUCAACGCGGCGCCCGUCCAAAACGAAACAACACACGACAAGGCCGUCUCACCCGAAAGCAACGGCAAUGGGAUCGUUACCAAGGCGACUGGAGGGCCCUCCUUCUCGGCCGAGCUGGAAGAUACAGAGGACGCUCGGAAGCGCACACUGCGGAUCGACUCACAGGAGGAGAAGAUCCAUUAUGACCCUAAUGCCGACUCGGACGGAGAACUGCCUCCUCAGAUGAGCGCAACGAGUUAUCCCGGACAGGAGUGGAACCCUUACGGAGGGGAAUACGGAGAUCUCGAUUAA